ACCAUGGCAACUUCCAAAAAAUCUUUUUGUUUCUUUCGUUAACAACCUUAUCGUAGCGUCAUCACAGGAGCCCCGGGAGACAAAGCCAUUGUGCACAAAGCUAAACGAUAGUGGAGUUACUCGACCCGGCGAUUGCAGACGGAAGUGUUCACUGGGGAGGAGGGAACAUGGCGGCGUCCACUUGAUUUUUCGCGCUCUUGAAGUAAUCGCAGCAGCUUACCAGCGCUGACCGUUCGUAAGGAUAUGUUUGUGUCCGGCUCCUCGGGGACGUGGGACUUGCAGCUGAAGUCCAUAAUGUCGGCCACAGACGGCAGCACGGAGCGGAUCCGGGAGAGACUUAUCUCAGCAGGAAGUGCACCAAAAGACCCUACCCUUGGUGGAAUAAACCGAAGAGAGUUGACUCCUGAAGUGUCCUUGCCAAGCCUGGUCCAUCCCCCACUUUGGUGUUCCACUGGAAACAAAGGAAUUUUGUCUGAAACCCCAUCCAGGGCUCUCGACGUUCUCUCUCACACGGUGUGGCGGUUGGAAAAGGACAGCGAGCAACAACAGCAGCGCAUUCAGUCCCUUGAAGAUGAAAUCCGCCGGCUACGCCAUCUUGAUGCAGGCAAGAGGGACUCAAGGGACCUGCUAGAGCGCAGAGUAGAGGACUGGAGGAAGGACGUGUCCACCGAACUGUACAGUCUGAAGGAGGAGCUAAGGAGACAGGCAGACCGAGGUCAAUACGAUGGCCGAGACCGGUAUCUUCUGAGAGAAGAAUCAGAGACCCUGCAAAGAGAGGCAGCAAACAUGAAGCAGAAGAUUAGGGGGCUCCAAGAGGACAUUGGGAGGCUCACAUCAGACCUGAGGGAGGUCAAUGCAACACAAGACAGGAACAGCCAGAUGCUGCAGAAGCUAAUCGACAGCUGCCAGUCCCAGUCUCUGGACAUCAGUCAGGCCGUCUGCAGCCAUCGCACCACCGAGCAUGAGAUCAGUCAGAUAAGGUCAUCGAUCAAGGAUUUGAGGGAGGAAGUGAGAGGGUGGAAGUCGAACCUCUGCAAGAGUGACCCCCUGGAGCCGACUGGUGGGCCGCCAUCAGAAGUGGACGACUCUGAGCCUGACCUCAGCCUGGGGGACCUCAGCAGCUCUGAUGAGCUGUCAUCAUUGGCAGACGUGGGCCGUGCUGCAGGGCAGAGAGUGACCACCACAUCACUGUCCGACCUCGAGGACAGCGAAGUAGAAGAAGCAGGAGUCGACAAGGGGGCUGAAGACCUAAACCUGAGUGACCUGUAGCUCUGGGCGGCAGCGCCAGCCUCCCUGGGUGACCGAAUGAUGCCCGUCAUUCCCAUCUGUUGGACCCCCCUGGUCACAUUGACACAAAACAAAGCCUAGAGAGGACUGUGCAGGCUUGGCAGAG